AUGGCCACGGUCAUCCCCGGCCCCCUGAGUCUAGGCGAGGACUUCUACCGCGAGGCCAUCGAGCACUGCCGCAGCUACAACGCCCGCCUGUGUGCCGAGCGGAGCCUGCGCCUGCCCUUCCUGGACUCUCAGACCGGAGUGGCCCAGAACAACUGCUACAUCUGGAUGGAGAAGACCCACCGUGGGCCAGGUUUGGCUCCAGGACAGAUCUACACGUACCCCGCUCGCUGUUGGAGAAAGAAACGGAGACUCAACAUCCUAGAGGACCCCAGACUCCGGCCCUGCGAGUACAAGAUCGACUGUGAGGCACCCCUGAAGAAGGAGGGCGGCCUUCCCGAAGGGCCGGUCCUUGAGGCUCUCCUGUGUGCUGAGACAGGGGAGAAGAAGAUUGAGCUGAAGGAGGAAGAGGCCAUCAUGGACUGCCAGAAACAGCAGUUGCUGGAGUUUCCGCACGAUCUCGAGGUGGAAGACUUGGAGGAUGAUAUUCCCAGGAGGAAAAACAGGGCCAAAGGAAAGGCAUAUGGCAUCGGGGGUCUCCGGAAACGUCAGGACACCGCUUCCCUGGAGGACCGAGACAAGCCGUAUGUCUGUGAUAUCUGUGGGAAACGGUAUAAGAACCGGCCAGGGCUCAGCUACCACUACACCCACACCCACCUGGCUGAGGAGGAGGGGGAGGAGAACACCGAGCGCCACGCCCUGCCCUUCCACCGGAAAAACAACCAUAAACAGUUUUACAAAGAAUUGGCCUGGGUCCCUGAGGCACAGAGGAAACACACAGCCAAGAAGGGGCCCGACGGUACUGUCAUCCCCAACGGCUACUGUGACUUCUGUCUGGGUGGCUCCAAGAAGACAGGGUGUCCCGAGGACCUCAUCUCCUGUGCUGACUGUGGGCGAUCAGGACACCCCUCGUGUUUACAGUUCACGGUGAACAUGACAGCAGCCGUUCGGACCUACCGCUGGCAGUGCAUCGAGUGCAAGUCCUGCAGCCUGUGUGGCACCUCGGAGAACGAUGGUGCCAACUGGGCGGGUCUCACCCCCCAGGACCAGCUGCUGUUUUGUGAUGACUGUGAUCGGGGUUACCACAUGUACUGCCUGAGCCCUCCCAUGGCGGAGCCCCCGGAAGGGAGCUGGAGUUGCCACCUGUGUCUUCGGCACCUGAAGGAGAAGGCCUCUGCCUACAUCACUCUCACCUAGGCCUGGCUCUGGCUCACCUGGACCUCUGGGGUGGUGCUUGCCCAUCUGCCUCUCAGAGCUCUUCUCCUCUCUCCUCAUCCUUAAUGCGCCACAGCGGGAAGGGGCGCUGGGAGCCGGAGAGGGGGCUGGGCCGCCCCCU